AUGCGGAGGGCCAGCUCCUCAUCGACAUCUAGGUCAGAGUUGGAGCGGCUGUCGGAGCUCGACAUGCUCGCCGGAGUCGUCGGAUUCGAUCCAAAUCGAAGAAAUUGGAGGAGUGGAGAAGAGGGGACGGAGCGAGAGCAGAGAGUGAAGCGCUCCCUCCACACUUUGUCCGCCGCCCACUCGUCUCGCCCCCUCUCACUAGCCUCACCGCCUCUGCGCCGCCUGGGCGUUUCGGAUUUUCGCGGAGUUCGCGACCGCCGCUCCGGCGCCUUCUCCUCCGAGAUCUGGUUUGGCGAGAAACGCCUCAUUCUCGGCACCUUCGACACCGCAGAUGAGGCGGCCCGCGCGUACGACGCGGCGGCGUGGCGCCUCCUGUGGCCUCGUCGGGAGAUGAAUUUUCCCGACGUGCCGACGAGCCAGCGGGCGCAGGAUCUCGCGCCUCUCCCGCGGCUUUUCACCGACGAGGAUCGUCGUGACCACCGGAGGCGGCAGCGUCGCCUCGCCAUCGCCGAGAUGGACAUGGAAGCCAUGGCGGUGUGGUGCGAACGCUUCCCGCAGGACAUCGUCGACGGGCGCCAGUUCUACAAGCAAAGGAGGACGGAGAGGGAGGCGAGGAGGACGGAGUGA